CGUGCCGGCCCAUGUGGACUCUUCCUGGAAACAGAAGAUCCGCAAGAGGUCGCGAGUUCGGAUCUGCUUGCUGCUGCGCUUGAUGACCUUUGACAAUUUCCGAGCUCAGCUCAGGAAGUCCAGCUGCUGCUGCUGCCGCUGCUGGCUCUCACUGGGUUGGGUUGGGUUGGGCUAGCUCCGAGUGGAAGCCGGACGCAGACGUGUCCUCUGCUGCCCUCCAAUUCUCCAAUACCGUAACGUGACAAUCAAGUCUCUGCACUUGGCUCACCCAGCUGCUGCUGCAUACUCUUCCUCUCACCCUUCGCGGUCUAAUUCGAGCAGGGCCAAACCGAGCUGAACCGAAGUCAGCUCAAGCUCCCUCCCACACGCUUCCAUCCGCGUUCGUGUAGGCAAAUCACGGGGGGCUUUCCACCGGCACGCGUAGUACCUCCCUCCCUCCGAUCGGGAGGCAGUCAGUCAGUCUGUUCAGUCUUGAGCUGCUAUCGAGCUCAAGUGAACGAAGGGAUUUGUGUGAUCAGCUCGGGAAGUGGCAGAUAGAAGACGCAAGCUGCGAAGGCGGUCCUGCGACUUUGCUGGAGUCGAGGUCGAUUGGCAGCAUCAGGUGGAAAGUUGUAAGGCCGAGAGAGGCUUUGGACAGGACCUCGCAGGUUCAUCGGGAGAUUUGGUAGUGGAUAUUGAGAGAGAUUGGAGUUUCUUUCCAGGAGUCGCAGUCGGUGGGAGAUCUAAGGGAUUGGCUCAUUGUGUACGCGAUGAAUGGCAAGACGGGGUUAAGGUGUUUGACUCGGAUUCUAUGGCUACAGCUAUGCUUCCUGACGCUCUUCUCUUCAUUCGUAGUGUCGGAUCAGGUCCAUAUUGUAUACAUGGGAAGUCAUCACGCCCACCUUCCCCAUCAUGAGAAAACCAGCAUUCAUCGGCGAAUGGUCACAGAAGUAGUCGGCAGUGUCGAGGCAUCCGAGGAUUCCAUUCUGUACCACUACAAGCACCUGUUCAGCGGAUUUGCUGCGAAGCUCUCACCUGAACAAGUCGAAGCCAUGUCAAAAAUGGACGGAGUCAUAUCCCUGUUCGAGAGCAAAACGGCGUCCAUUCACACGACGCGGACAUGGGAAUUCCUGGGGCUCGAGAAGGCGUCAGGUCCCCAGUCUCCGGAUUCAUUGUGGGCCAAAACCAACUAUGGCGAAGAUGUCAUCGUCGGGGUCCUCGACACAGGAAUUUGGCCCGAGCACGAGAGUUUCCACGACGACGGAAUGGGUCCAGUGCCGGCGAGAUGGAAGGGAGCUUGCGAGAAGGGAGAAGGAUUCGACGAGACCAAUUGCAACAAGAAAAUCAUCGGAGCGAGGUACUACCCGCUGGGAUUCGAGGUGGCCGUCGGGCCCAUCGACAGCGUCGCGGCGGAGGAUUUCCGGUCGCCGCGCGACCGCGACGGCCACGGCACGCACACGGCGUCGACGGCGGCCGGACGCAUUGUGCCGAUGGCCAAUGUGAACGGGCUGGGUAACGGCACGGCCAAGGGAGGAGCGCCGAACGCCCGCAUCGCCGUCUACAAGUGCUGCUGGGCGCCCGACGGCGGCCGCGGCGUGGCCUGCACGGACGCCGACAUGCUGGCGGCUUUCGACGCCGGCAUCGCCGAUGGCGUGGACGUGUUCUCGGUGUCGCUCGGUCCCGACACGCCGCAGCCCUUCUUCCUCACCGGAAUCAGCAUCGGCGCCUUCCACGCCACCAUGGCCGGCAAAGUGGUGGCCGUGUCGGCCGGCAACAGCGGCCCGCAGCUGGGCACCGUCGUCAACAGCGACCCUUGGUCCAUCAACGUCGCCUCCACCAGCAUCGACCGCAUCUUCGGCACCACUGUCACUCUCGGCAAUGGCGUCUCGUUCCUGGGCGGUAGCAUUACUGUCGACAAUGACUCGUUGGACAAGAACCUUCCGAUCGUCUUUGGGUCCGACAUCAUCGCCGCCGGAGCCAAUAUCACAGGAGCAAGUUUCUGCCUCGAUGGAGCUUUGGACAGCGCAAAGACGCAAGGUAAGGUUGUGGUAUGCCUGCAAGGGUUCAUUGGACGUAACCGGAAGGCUGCUGUUGUCAAGGCAGCAGGAGGACUUGCUGUCCUCAUUCCGAACUUUGAUUCCGGCGGUAUGGAUUUAUACGCUGAGAACCAAGUGCUGCCAACUAUAACUGUGGCGGAUGUGGACUCCAACCCACUCCUGGACUAUGUUGCUCCUCUGCAGCCCCGACCCAAGAGUGCAGCCAUGCCCACCGUGAAAAUUUCGCGUGCAACUACGAUCGAUGGCGUGAAGCCUGCACCUUAUAUGAAUUCAUUUUCUUCCUUGGGACCCAAUCUAGUCGCGCCAUAUAUUCUUAAGCCCGACCUUGCAGCUCCUGGACUGAACAUUAUUGCCGCAUGGCCCGGGUCUACUCCACCCUCGAACCUGCCCUCCAGCUUGGACAAGAGGACAUCGGAAUGGAACACGUUAUCAGGAACAUCGAUGUCUUGUCCCCACGUUGCUGGUGUCGCUGCUCUGCUGAAAGCUCUGCACCCUACAUGGAGCCCUGCAGCCAUAAAAUCCGCCAUGAUGACGACAGCGAGGGUCACGGACAACACCGGUGGAGAAAUAAAAAAUUCCACAAAUCUUCCCGCUGGUCCUCUCAAUUAUGGCGCCGGUAACAUAAACCCGGAAGCUGCUGCCGAUCCCGGGUUGAUCUACGAGUCGAAGUUCGACGAUUACAAAGUGUUCCUCUGCUCCAAUGGCUAUAACAAAACAGAGAGGCAGUGGAUUACAGGGCUCUUCUACGACUGCGCUCUUGCAGGAACGAAUCCCAGUGACCUCAACCAGGCUUCUGUGAUGAUACCCAAUCUAGAGGAGGGUGCUCCCCAAACUGUGAAGAGAACUGUCACCAAUGUGGGCAAGAGAAUGAGUAAUUACAAAGUUUCCAUCGUCAACCCACCAGGUGUGAAGAUGACCAUCACUCCUCCAUCACUGAGCUUCCACCACACGAACCAGGCGAAGAAGUUCACGAUUCGUUUCGAGAGAGUUAUCGCCGUCCCCGAAAACGAGCAACAGUUUGUUCACGGAUCAUUCACUUGGUCUGAUGGCGUACACAAGGUGUCAAGCCCCGUCGUAGUCGCGGCUAACUUUUUGUGAGUUAUCAGAGGUAGAAUGAUUCAAUUUGUACACUUGAAGAAGAAUUUAAGUAGGUUGUUGAAGAGCUUACAGAGAUAGGGAGGAGAAUCAGAGCCUCCACAAAUGUAUAGAUGACCUGUCCGGUAUGGAUCUGCAACCAACCGGGCGCACCAAUUUUUUAAGGAUUUGUGAUUCAUGAGAUUCAUCAGUUCUAAAGCUUUGUAACACUUAUUCGCUUCUGGCUCUUCGGAGAUUCUCUCCUGUUUGACCAGAGCCGAAAAAAUUCUUUCAUCACCUCACGUUGCUUU